AUGCCUCUCAGGCGCCUCGAGUUGUACAACUUCAAGUCGUACCGAGGCAACCAAAAGGUAGACCUCGGCGAUGCCCCAUUCACUUGCAUCAUCGGCCCAAACGGGUCGGGCAAGUCCAACCUGAUGGACGCCAUUUCCUUCGUCCUCGGCAUCAAGUCGGCCCAGCUCCGCAGCACCCAGCUCAAGGACCUCAUAUACCGCGGUCGCAAGGCUGCCGAGGGCGCCAACGAGAUCCUCGGCCUCGAUGUCGAGGUACCCGAGACGCAGGACGAGAGCAUCUCCAACGACGGCCGCAACGCGUGGGUCAUGGCCGUGUACGAGGACGGCAACGGCAAGGAGUGGAGAUUCAAGCGAACCAUUGCCAUGUCGGGCUCGUCGACCUACUACCUCAACGAGAAGGCUGUCACUUGGACCGACUACAACCGGCAGCUUGAGAAGUUCAAUAUUCUGGUGAAGGCCAAGAACUUCCUCGUCUUCCAGGGCGAUGUCGAGGGUGUCGCGAGUCAAGACUCCAAGGCUCUGGCCAAGCUCAUCGACCGGAUUAGCGGUUCGCUCGAGCUUGCACCCGAGUACGAGGCCGCCAAGCUCGCACAGGAGAAGGCGUCCGAGGAGGCCAACGUCAACCAUGCCAAGAAGCGCGGCAUGCUGACCGAGGCCAAGCACUUCAAGGAGCAGACAGCCGAGGUCAAGCACUGGGAGAAGCUACGCGACGAGAAGGACGCGUUAGUACAGCGCAAUCUCCUGUGGCGACUCUACCACAUCACCGAGGAAAUCAACGAUUCGAUUAGCAAGGUUGAGGUGGCUACCGAGGAGCUGCAUGAGCGCAGGAACGCGGUUGAUGACAGCGAUGCCGCGCUCAGGGAGGCGAGGAAGGACCAGGCCAAGGUGCAGCUCAACGUCAAGAAGCGCGAGGCUGCAGUCAAGAAGGCCCAGAAGGCGGUCGAGGAGAAGAAGCCUGACCUUGUCGCCAUUGAGACCCAGAUCGCGCACACGGAGAGGAAAGACGCCAACUCGAAGACUCUGUUUGAGCGUGUCCAGAAAGACCGCCAGCGCCAGGCCGACAGUUUGGCCCAGCUCGAGCAAGGUGCCGCCGAGAUCGCGGCCCGCAUGGAGGAAGCCCGUGAGAAGCAGCGCCAGAAGAGCAAGGCCACUGGCAAGGCCCUUUCCGAAGCAGACCUCGCCGAGUACCGCAACCUGCGCUCUGAUGCAAACGCCAAGGUCGUCCCGGAACGCCAGAAGCUCGAGUCUCUUCGUCGCGAGCAGAAGAGCCUCCGUGACGCCCUUGCCUCAGCCGAGGACAAGGUCCAACAGGCUGAGCGCAAGCGCGGCAAACUUAGCAGCGAGGUGGACAGCCUUGCGGACCGCGAGGAGACUCUCUCAGCCAAGGUCUCCGACCUGAAGGAGGAGCGCAAGAGGAUUAAGACCGAGAUCGACAAGGUUCAGGCGCAUCGCACUCAGAUCAACCUGAGAGAGACCGAGGCCAACGAAAGGCUGCAGGAGGUUCUCAACAAGCUGCUUCAGGCCGGCGCGGACAAACGCGAGUCGGAGCGCGAGAUCAGGUUGAAGGAGACCUUGACCAACCUCAAGCGCAUCUUCCCUGGUGUCCACGGCCGUGUGUUCGACCUCUGCAAGGCCUCGGCACAGAAGUACCAGACUGCUGUGAUGACUGUCCUUGGCCGUAAUCUUGACUCUGUGGUUGUCGAGGAGGAGAAGGUUGCGAUUGAGUGCAUCGAGUACAUGAGGCAGCAGCGAGCUGGCCAGGCCACUUUUAUCCCUCUUGACAGGAUCCAGGUCGCGCCGGUUCCAGAGAAGCUCCGUAACUUUGCCAAGGGCGCCCGUCUCGCCAUCGACUGCAUCGAGGCUGACGCCGCGGUGGAGAAGGCAAUCCGCUAUGCCUGUGGCAGCACGCUGAUCUGCGACACAACUGCCAUUGCCAGGAAUAUCUGCUAUGACAAGAGGCAGGAUGUCAAGGCCGUCACCCUUGACGGCACCGUCAUCCACAAGAGCGGUCAGAUCACCGGUGGUCGGGGCCAAGACACGAGGAAGGCCAAGGAUGAGAAUGUGGACACCCUUAAGCUCCAGAAGGAAAAACACCUUCAGACCCUCAAGCAGUUGAGCCAGGAGAAGCCCAAGGAGAAGGCCGAGGAAAGCCAGAUCCAGGGCCUUGCCCGGCUGCAAGCUGAGCUGUCUCUGGCUGAAGACGACCUAGGCGCCACUCAGCUCCGCCUCAACGGCCUGCGCAAGGAGCUUGCAACAGUCAACGCAGACCUGAAGAAGUUGGAGCCCGACCAGCAGAAGAAGGCAUCUGCCCUGUCCAAGGCUGAGAAGGAGACUGCGAAGCUCGCCAGUGUCAUUGAGAAGGAGGACGACAAGGUGUUCGCCGAGUUCUGCAAGCGCAUCAAGGUGCCCAACAUCCGAGAGUACGAGGAUGUGCAGCUCAAGGUGGCCCGCGAGGAGAACGAGGCUAUUGAGUCGUUCGCUGCUCAGAGCGCUCGUGCUUCUCACCAGAUCGAGUUCGAGAAGAGCCAGCUCAGUAGCACCGACGAGCGACUCGCACACCUGCAGUCGACCGUGGACAAGGCCAAGAAGACGAUAAAGAAGCUUCACAAGGAAAAGGCUGCGGUGGAGGCCGAGAUCGAGCAGCUCCAGGAAGAGAUUGCUACGGAGCAGAGCAAGCUUGAGGAGACGAACGCCGAGCUCGAAGAGGUUGCCAAGCAGGUCGAAGCCGCGCGCGAGCAGGCCCGCAAGCAACAGCGUGCUCUUGACCGUACCCUCAAGGAGAUUGCCGGGUGGAACGACGAGAUUGAGCGGUCCGAUUCGAACCGCCACGCCAUCUACCGUCGCUGCCGUCUCGAGGACAUUGACCUGCCACUAGUGUCAGGAUCGCUUGACAAGGUUCCGCUUGAAGAGGCUGCCCUUGAACAAGAGGAGGACCAUCUCGAGGACACACUUCGACCGGCCCGGACCAACGACUUUGGCAUCGAACCAGACUUUGAUGUACUCGAUGGCGACGACAAGGAAGACGACUCUGAAGAAGUGGGACGCCGGUUUGAGGCCGAGAUUGCCAACAAGAAGGCCGAGUUGGAACGAGUGGUGCCGAACAUGAAGGCCAUGGAGCGACUAUCUGAAGUGCAAAAGAGCCUAGAGGAAGCCGAAGAGGAGGCCGACGAAACACGGCAAAACUCGAAGGCUGCUCGAGACAAGUUCCAGGCCCUCAAGAAGAAGCGUUGCGAGCUGUUCAACAAGGCGUUCAAGCACAUGGCCGGGUGCAUCGACCGAUACUACAAGGACCUCACGAAGAACAGCGUCGUUCCCACGGGUGGUGUGGCAUUCCUCGACCUGGAAGACGUCGACGAGCCAUACCUCGGCGGUGUCAAGUACAGCACCAUGCCUCCAGGGAAGCGCUUCGUCGAGAUUGACCAGCUGUCUGGAGGAGAGAAGACCAUGGCUGCGCUUGCGCUCUUGUUCUCUAUCCACAGUUACCACCCUGCCCCAUUCUUUGUGCUUGACGAGGUGGACGCUGCAUUGGACGCCACAAAUGUCGCCAAGCUUGCACGAUUCGUUCGGGAGCAGGCCGGGGGCAAGAACUCGGACCCCUCCGAUGGACACAAAUCGGUGCAGUUCUUGAUCAUCUCGCUCAAGAGUACCCUGUACGAGCAUGCGGACAGUCUGGUUGGUGUGUACCGUGAGCAGGUGGAGAACUCGUCUCGUACGCUGUCGCUGGACCUUUCCAAGUACGAGUAAAGGGAGUCGAGUGUAGUGCAUGUUGUGACUUUGUAGUCGUGGAG